AUGCCAACUACAAGAUCGGGUUCGACGCAGUCUAAGACUGCAGGAAAUAGUUCGUCGUCGGAUUGGAGUACGAACACUCCGAGCGAUACUGCAAGUAUCGCAAGUAGGUCGACGCUCACGAAGAGAACGCCGACAACAAGCCUGAAGGGAAGUCAGGCUCCCGUACCCCAGUCCAAGGACGCCACCAGGAGGGAAUCAACGUCAGCAGAGGCGGUGCACCCCGCCCCCCUGACACACGCCGCCGCGAAAGAGGUUGAAGAUUCAAACCCCGCACGUCAAGAAGGCAGUCAUACCACGCUACAGAAUCCAAAUCGAAGCGUUGGAAUCAGGACGUCGUCGAGAGAAGGGACUCUGCAGCAGCCUGAUCCUGGGAACCCGGCCCGGGACAGGGACACAAUGUCUGCUCGCUCUUCGCAUAGGAAGAGAGCAGAAGCGCAAGCAAGAUUGACUGUGGCGUUACGGGAGCAAGAAAUGGCGGAUGCACGACUAAGGGUGGCGCAAGCACAACUAGAGCUUGUCGCCGCUGAGUCGGAAGAUGAAGAUGGAGCUGGUGAAGAAAUAUACGAGCGAACUCAUGAAGUGGAACAGUGGUUCAUCCAAACCAGCGCCGGGUCAAGCAAGGAACAGAGGCCGGUCGAGUCACAAGAUAAGAAGAGCGAAAUUCAGAAGCUGGCAGAAGCAAUAUGCAAGCUGUCAGGGAAUUCGCGUGACGUCAUCGCGCCGAACGCGGCACAGAACCUGGCUCGCCUCAGAAGAGCCAUAAAGGGGAAGGCGAAAGAAGCAGUUCAGAGUUUACUGUUUACCGCUGAGAAGCCACAUGAAGUAAUCAAGGGAUUGGAAUCAAGAUAUGGAAGACCUGGUGCACUGGCUUUAGCUGAGUUGAAAAAACUGAAGAACUUGUCGAAAGUGAGCGAAAGUCCUGGCGAGAUCUGCGUGUUUGCAAGUCGAGUCAAGAACGCUAUCGAGACAAUCAAGGCAUUGAAGAAACCUCAGUACCUCAGCUCGCCUGAAACAUUGAAGGCUAUUGUAGACAAGAUGCCACCUACCAUGAAGUUUCGUUGGUUCGCAUAUCAUAGGGGUCGGAGAGAUGAAGACAUUCAAGAACUUUUACUCAUUGAAGAAUUCCUGGAUAUUGAAGCCGACAUGUGUGGGGACUUUGCCCCACCUGAAGUUCCAUCUGAUAAGAAGAGUUCAAGAAGACCUGUACACACUGUACAAGAAGAGUCUCAAGAUAAGAAGGUUAAGAAGUCGUGUCCCGUUUGUAAAGAGGAACAUUUUGCAACAGAGUGCAAGAAGUUUAAAGAAGCGUCGAUUGAUAAGAAAUGGGACAUCAUCAAGAAAGCGAAGAUUUGUUUCAAGUGUCUUCGCUUCAAGCACUUAAGAAGCAACUGUAAAGCGCCUCCAGAAGUACAGAAGUCAAGCAAUAAGGAAGGCGCAUCAGAAGAGAAAGUCGCCUCAGUCCACAACAACAAGGAUAAAGACAGAGCAUAUUUGAAGAUUGUUCCGGUGCAACUCUACGGGCCCAAGGGACAAGUUCGUGUGCUCGCGUUGUUGGACGAAGGGUCGACCGUCACUCUCUUAGACGCGUCGAUAGCCGAGAAGAUUGGAGCUGCAGGAAGUCGCGAAGCACUCACAAUCGAAACCGUCGGCGGGAAGGUCAUAAGGAAAGAUAGCUCACAGAAGAUCAACUUGAAGAUUAAGGGGGUUCACAGAAGGGAUAAGAAGACUAUCACUGUUAGAACCAUCGACGAUCUGAAGCUAUCUGAACAAAGGAUCAACAGGAGCACUGUAAAGAAUUGCCUACACUUGAAGGCAAUUGAAAGGCAGUUGCUCUACGACGCAGAGCGACCGAAGUUGUUGAUUGGGCAAGAUAAUUGGGGACUCAUAGUCACAAGAAGACUGAAGAAGGGCAAGCCAACUGAACCCGUAGCCUCACUUACACACUUAGGGUGGGUGCUACAUGGGUGUGAAACCGGAUCGAACGCCGUAGUCAACUUCACGCACUACGGCAGGGCAACGUCAGAAGGCGAAGACAUUGAAGAAGUCGUCCGGGAACAUUUUCAGUUAGAGUCUCUGGGUAUUCAAAAUCGACUGCCAUUAAACGACAGCGAUAGAAGAGCAUUGGAAACCUUAGAGAAAACAACGAAGCGACUACCAAGCGGUCAAUUCGAAGCAGGCCUAUUGUGGAAGAAGGAAGGCGAGACCCUACCCAACAACUACAAUCAAGUGUUUCGUCGCCUGGUCAACAUAGAGAAGAAGCUGGAUCGUGAAGAAGAUGUCAAGGAAUAUUAUGAGAAGCAGAUCCAGACAUUAAUAGAAAAUGGUUACGCCGAGAAGGCCCCUGUAACCACCACUAAGGGGAAAACAUUCUACUUACCUCACUUCGCCGUCGUACACCCGGUCAAGAGGAAGCCAAGAAUUGUUUUCGACGCAGCAGCCAAGUAUGAAGGAAGAAGCCUCAAAGACGCAUUGCUAGCAGGACCUGACUUGCUGCAGUCGCUAUUUGGGGUGCUACUGCGCUUUAGAGAAGGCCCAGUGGCAGUCAUGGCUGACAUACAAGACAUGUUUCUUCGUGUCAAAGUUAAGGAAGAAGACCGGAAUUGUUUAAGGUUCCUCUGGAGGGGAAGCAGAAGAACAGGCAAACCGGAAGAGUACAGGAUGUCGUCGAUAAUAUUUGGAGCAGCGUCAUCACCUGCGACAGCUAUAUACGUGAUGAAUAAGAACGCAGAAGACUUCAAGAUCACGCACCCUGAAGCUGUGAAGGCAAUAAGAAGAAAUCAUUACAUGGAUGAUUAUCUUCAAAGUUUCUCGUCAACCGCCGAAGCAAAGAAAAUUUCAAGAGAAGUUAAAGAAAUUCAUUCAAAGGCAAGCUUUCACCUGAAGGGAUGGGCCAGUAACGACUCGAGAGUGCUGUCAGAAGUUGAAGAUACUACAAAGGAAGACUCUCUGCAGCUUACGAAGGAAGAGAAAACUCUGGGUCUAAGAUGGCUCGUCAAAGAAGAUAGCCUAGCCUUUAACGUCGGUCUUCGCAAUACACCAAAGGAGUUAUUGGAAGACAGAAGAGCGCCAACUAAGCGUGAAGUGACAAGCGCCGUGAUGUCAACAUUCGACCCGAUGGGCUUUGCGGCGCCGGUCUUGAUACAAGGGAAGAAACUUAUUCAAGACAUUUGGCGAACUAAAAUAGGCUGGGAUGAAGCAAUCAACGAUGAACAAAGGGAAGCUUGGAUGAAGUAUCUAAGGGAGACAUCGGCGCUGACGAAACUUAGGAUUCCUCGAUGUUUUUCACCUCGUAAUAGGAGAGGGGAAUUACACACGUUCACCGAUGCAAGUGAAGAGGCUUACGCCGCAGUCGUCUACUGGAGGACAAUCGAGCCAGGGGGAUAA